CCCGAUGGGAAUGUCAUUCCAUAUGUUUCCAUCCGAAAACCGUUGGCUUUUCAGAGCGGCAAAAUUAACAUUGAGUUGUAGGAUACCAGACAUUAGAGCAACCGGAAAUGACGGCUAGUGUCGUGGCGACGGAUGCGGGCAACAUUGAUCAGCUGAUACACAAGAUAAUCGAUGUGCGACGCGCAAAACAGCUCAGUCUUUCAGAGUCUGAAAUUCGGGGGAUCUGCAUGCGAUCGCGGGAGGUGUUCCUCUCGCAGCCCAUGCUGCUGGAGCUAUCCGCUCCCGUGAAGAUAUGCGGCGACAUCCACGGCCAGUUCACGGACCUCCUGCGACUGUUCGACUACGGCGGAUAUCCGCCGUCCUCCAAUUAUCUCUUCCUCGGCGACUACGUAGACCGAGGCAAGCAGUCCAUCGAAACGCUGUGUCUACUGCUGGCCUAUAAGAUCAAGUUCCCGGAGAACUUCUUUUUGCUGCGGGGCAACCAUGAGAGCGCCGGCAUCAACCGCAUCUACGGCUUCUACGAUGAGUGCAAGCGCCGCUACACAAUCAAGCUAUGGCGCACCUUUGUCGACUGCUACAACUGCAUGCCCGUUUCGGCCGUCGUCGACGAGAAGAUCUUCUGCUGCCACGGCGGACUCAGUCCCGACCUGCUCAGCAUGAGCCAGAUCGGGCAGCUCAGCCGGCCCUGCGAUGUGCCCGACAAAGGUCUGCUCUGUGAUCUGCUGUGGUCCGACCCGGAUCCCAAGAUCAUGGGCUGGAGCGACAAUGACCGCGGCGUCAGUGUCACCUUUGGCGCCGAUAUUGUUGGCAAGUUCGUGCAUCGCAACAAGUUCGACCUGAUCUGUCGCGCCCACCAGGUCGUGGAGGACGGCUACGAGUUCUUUGCGAAGCGCCAGCUGAUCACCAUCUUCUCGGCGCCCAACUACUGCGGGGAGUUCGACAAUGCCGGUGCCAUGAUGUCUGUGGAUGAGACGCUGAUGUGCUCCUUCUAUGUCCUCAAGCCCUCCAAGAAGGCAGGAAUGCGAAAGGUCCACUCAAAGGGAUGAACUACUGAGAAACUGAAGAGAAUCGGGUAUCGAUCUUAUGUUGGGGUGUUGCGCUGUUGUUCCUUGGAAAACUUUUGCAUCGCGUUGUAUACAAAUUUCAUGUUUUAUUCUGGGUAAUAGUAUGCACAUACAUACAUAUGUACGUUA